AUGUGUUUCAGGAUCAAGAGCGAGCGUGGACAGUGGUCCAGAAUGCGCCAUUGGCUCGCAUUCAUAUGCUUUACCAGUUUAGCACUAACGCAUUUGGCGCUAGCAAAAGCAACCGCUGCUUCUAAGGACGAAGCAGUAGCAUCUGCUGGCGACAGUGACUCAGUUCGGGGAGCGGAUGAGGCUAACACAGGGGCUGAGGAGCAGGAACGCGAACCUCAGCACGAUUCACCGCUUCCGGGCUCAGAAGCGGAAUCGAAGCAUGCCCUAGAAAGGGAUCAUAACUCGGAUGGUGGUACGCGAACAAAACGUAGCUGCGGAGGUGGCGGUGGAGGAUGCGGUGGCGGAUGUGGAUGUGGUUGCUGCCAGAGCUGCUGCUGCUGUCAGAGGUCAUGCUGCACCACGUGCACCACAACCACAACGUCUGUUUUCAUCGUCACUUUCAUUUGCUAG